CCAAAUGAGGCCUACCUUUCUUUUUUAUUAUUACAAUUAAUACAGUUAGCAUCUCCUGCUGUCUCGGUUUAGACAAGGGACGACCGCUCCAAGAUGGCCGCCGUGUUUCCUAUUGUUGUUCUGCGGUUCCUCCCGGACAGCAGAUGGUGGCGUCAUGAAACGACAGGAAGAGCAGGGGACAUUGGUUUAGAUCGGCGUGCGUUUUUGUGGAUCUACAGACUGAAAUGUGUUGCUCUAAUAACUCAGUAAUUCUCGGUGUCUGUUGUGAUUUGGUGUCUCAGGACUCAGUCGUGUAUCAGCGCGUCCUUCCGGAUCAUCCAAUCACAGCGCAGACCUCUCGGAGCUCGCGACCACUGCGCACGCUCAUCCCACAGUCCAAGUUAACGUAGAGACGGAACAUUUUUAACGUCAGAGAUGACGACUUCGUGGAGCGACCGUCUGCAGAACUGUGCUGAACUCCCGGCCAACAUGGACGGCAUUGCAAUGAAGAAGUAUCGGCGCGAAGCUCACCACAGCUUUCCGAGGGAUCUGGCUCAUCCUGCAAUGAGAGUGUUUGUCAAUCGAAGCUUGGCCAUGGAAAAAAUCAAAUGCUUUGGAUUUGACAUGGAUUAUACUCUUGCUGUGUAUAAAUCUCCAGAGUACGAGUCUCUGGGAUUUGACUUGACCGUUGAGCGUCUCGUUUCCAUCGGUUACCCUCAAGAGUUGCUCAACUUUGUCUACGAUCCCUCCUUCCCCACCAGAGGUCUGGUGUUUGACACCAUGUUUGGCAACCUGCUAAAAGUGGAUGCCUAUGGGAACAUUCUGGUGUGUGCACACGGGUUCAACUUCUUGAGGGGACCUGAGAUCAGAGAGAUGUAUCCCAACAAAUUCAUCCAGCGUGGAGAUACCGACCGCUUCUACAUCCUGAACACACUCUUUAACCUGCCAGAAACGUACCUCUUUGCUUGUUUGGUGGAUUUCUUCACUAACUGUCCCAGAUAUGCAAGUUGUGAGUCUGGCUUCAAAGAUGGCGACCUCUUCAUGUCAUACAAGAGCAUGUUCCAGGACGUGAGAGACGCUGUGGACUGGGUUCACUUCAAGGGAUCCUUGAAAGAGAAGACGGUUGAGAAUUUGGAGAAAUAUGUGGUAAAGGAUCCGAAGCUCCCUCUGCUUCUCAGCCGCAUGAACGAAGUGGCUAAAGUAUUUCUGGCCACCAACAGUGAUUAUAAAUACACUGAGAAAAUCAUGACCUACCUGUUUGACUUUUCUCAUGGACCGAAGCCGGGAACACCUCACCGGCCCUGGCAGUCCUACUUUGACCUGAUCCUGGUCGACGCCCGCAAGCCCGUGUUCUUUGGGGAAGGUACAGUUCUACGGCAAGUCGACACUACCACGGGUCGACUGAAGAUCGGCACAUACACCGGACCGCUCCAGCAUGGCAUUGUGUACUCUGGAGGAUCCUCAGACAUCGUUUGCGACUUGCUGGGUGCUAAAGGAAAGGACAUCCUCUACAUUGGAGACCACAUUUUUGGAGACAUUCUCAAGUCCAAGAAGCGCCAGGGCUGGAGAACAUUCCUGGUCAUACCUGAGCUGGCCCAGGAGCUUCAUGUGUGGACUGACAAGAGCGCCAUCUUUGAGGAACUUCAGUCGCUUGACUGCUUUCUCGCAGAUCUUUACAAGCAUUUGGACAGCAGUAGUAAUGAAAGACCUGAUAUCAGCUCACUCCAGAGGCGCAUCAAGAAAGUAACCCAUGACAUGGACAUGUGCUACGGCAUGAUGGGAAGUCUAUUUCGCAGUGGAUCCCGGCAGACACUGUUUGCCUCCCAGGUGAUGCGUUACGCUGACCUGUACGCGGCCUCUUUCAUCAACCUGCUCUACUACCCCUUCAGCUAUCUGUUCAGGGCUGCACAUGUACUGAUGCCUCACGAGUCGACAGUGGAGCACUCACACGUCAACCUGAUAGACACGGAGUCGCCGCUCGCCACCCGCAACCGCCGAGACUUUGACGUCAAAGAAAUGGAGAUCAAGCGGCACCAGCUCACCCGAUCCAUCAGUGAGAUCCAGCCGCCUCACCUGUUCCCCCAGACUCCACAGGAGAUCACCCACUGCCACGACGAGGAUGACGACGAGGAGGAGGAAGAGGAGUGAAAGAUAGAUGAGCCUUACCUCUGUUGCACAUUUUAUUUGAUUGUUCAAACGUCUUUGUCCAACUUUUAAGCAGCUGAUGGAUAUUUAGCUUUAGAAAAUCUCAUCCAGGUUUGCUGGUUUGGCCAGUAUCAUGAAGUUUGGAUCUAGUUGUUCUUAGCAAAGGAUUCAGGCAUAAACAGAUACAGUGAAUAGAAAAACUGUUUUGAGUGAAUUAUACUGUAUGUUUGCAUGUGUGUGUGUGUGUGUGUGUGUAUGGGAGGCGGGGGUCCUGCUGGUUUCUGCUCAGCCAUCAGCUUCUCCACUCAGUCGGAGCUCUUUUUCUUUCUGCCAUUUUGCUCUUUUGCUUUUGUUUUCCUGCAGCAUUUAUGCACAAGACUGUCAGUCUAUACAUACUAUACUAUUAAGAAGCUGUAUAAUAUGUGCUCAUUUAAAUAUGUGUCAUUUACAAGUUGUAUUAUGUAAAAGGCAGACCAAUCAGCCACACCAUUACAAUCAUCGCAGCUGCUGGACUGUCAGAUUAAUGCUGGUGAUGAAUAUCUUUAUCAGGCUGAGGGCUUUCAUCUUGUAGGUGGUUAGCGUAACAAAAAACAUUUGUCUAAAAACAUUUUUAAAAAAAACUAUAUGCACUUGUAAAAGUUCCAAGCAGAGACG